AUGUCCACGUCGAUCAUUUCGUGUGGCGUUGCAGCAGGGCUGCCAGGUGAUAAUGAUGGACCCCGUACUGACAGUGGGGACGACCAUGGCGGUCAUCGUGGAGACCAGGGCGGCUCUGGUGGAGCUCGACGAGGUGGAUCUGGAGGUCGUGAUCGAGGUUACAGCAACCGAGUUGGUGGUAGUCGUGGCGACGCAGUCGUGAUAACGGUAGUGGCAGCGGGCGUGAUGACCAAGGAGGAACACCACAACAACGACGAUACCUGGAUACGCUCACAACGGCGGCGCUGGCGGCACCACCACCGGCACCCAGCACCAACAAUUCCGACAAUUGUAGAGUCGCGACCGAAGACAAAUAAACUAGAAGUGAACGAAUUCGCGGGAAUGGAGGGUGAGAAAGUGGUGGCUUCGAUCGAGGCAGCGAAGCAGGUCCAACAUCGCUAG